AAAACGACCAUUUAAAGAUUAAUGUUCGACUGGAUGGAUAUUGGCCGCAGGGAGAAAGGGAAGGGAAAAGGGAAAAUUCGCAGUCGCCGGCGUGAAAGGGGUGGACCCUAGAUGAGGAAGACGUUCAGUCGGUUGUCGCUGCUUGACGAUUCGUCUCGUUCCGCCGUCCUUUCAGUCGGCUUGAUGUUGAUACAAUUCUUUCUGUAAUAAUCAGUCGGAUUAAGCCUUUUAUUUUUUAAAUAUCUAUCCUUACUUAGGUUAAGGUCAUUAGGUGAGGUGCAUCUGGUUUUCGGUCGAAUAGAAACAAUUUGAAUUUUUUGUUUAAAAAUGAGGAAAGGAAGUAGUGGGAAGCAGAUACUGACCAGAUUCCACUCCUAUCACGGUGAGAACAUUGUUCUGAAAGAGAACAACACGGUCGCUUUGAGAAAGACGAGCUUUGCGAACGCUUUGACUUUCAGUGACAAACCUCUUUUGCCCGGUGAGAUAUUCCUCGUCGAGAUAGAAAGGAAUGAAAGCUGUUGGAGCGGGUACAUGAGACUGGGCCUCACUCAGUUGAACCCUCAGAUGAUAUCCAGGAAUAGAGGCUAUCUCCCGAGGUACGCCCUCCCGGACCUGACCAACAUGAGCACCUCCUGGAUAUACGCCAUCACGAAGAACAACGAGUACGAGUUCGAGACGCUUCCUCUGCCUAAUACGACAACCGAGUCGCCCCAGUUGGCAGCUGCUGCCAGCGUUGAUUCGAAAUUUUAUACGGGCGACGAUACGGUCCACACGUCGCGGGGUACCAUCUCGAAGAGUAUCCUCAAGCCCGACAAGUACCAAGACGUCUCCCCGACGGAUGUAGGCAGUAGGAUCGGUGUCUUUUUCAGCCCUAUCAAAUCCAACUAUCUGGAUGGUGAUUAUGCUGAAAUGCACUUUAUUAUCAACGGAGAGGUCCAGGGCCCCUGCUAUAGCUUCAUACCGUACAAGGAGGGACCUCUGUAUGCCGUCGUUGACAUUUACGGCACGACUAAACAGGUCAAGAUCGUCCAGCUCUAUGGAGUUGGUUCUCUGCAAAGCGCUUGCAGAGACGUCAUACUCCAAUGCGUCAGCAAGAAGAAAAUCCACCUCUUGCCUUUACCGAAGGCUUUGAAGCUCUAUUUGCUAUUUCGUUGAACAAGAGAGUUGAUGUUGGUCUGUGUGUCGGUGUACACAUGUUGAACCGGCACUGGGUCUGUCUCUACUUGAUGGUUUUGAUGUCACUCAAAUGCAUUUUGAAACAUUGCCUCACAGAAGAUGGCGCAAAGUGUGAGUGUAGACAGGUCCAGUAAGUAAUGAAAAGAAGAUGGUUUUAAAAUUAACUAAAUUCAUGUAAGAAAUUUGAUUAACUAAUUUUUUAAGAGUAUUACUUUUAUAAUUGAGGCCUGAGAUUUCUUCUUUAGGUCUGUAUGGUGAUUGACCAGUCCAUUUUUGAUCCUGCCUAUCCUCAACAUUAGACCACAAACCUAAUGCUAAAAAUGAUGAAAACUCAAAACUGACGGACUAAAAUGGACAAAAAUGACGAAGUUAAUUAUGUGAAUAUUUUAGCCUUAUGAUUUAUUAUCCUAGUCUUUAAAUACUUUGUUAUUAGCAGUAUUUUUGUUAAAUUUAAGUGGCUUAGAUGCUAACAAAGAGUACAUCUUUGGCAGUACAUCUGAUCACAGGGUAAUUCAUGAUUGUUAAAUUCUAUUACUUGUAACUUGACUGAGUUUUGACAAGACUUCAACUAUUUGUUUUAAGACAUGUUAAAUAUAUAUUAAUUUAGAAAAUUCAUAUUGGUAAAAAAAAGAGUUUUUAAAUGUAAGUUUGCAGAUGAUAUUCCAAAAAAGUGUAAUAAAAUAUAAUUAUCACACCAUUCAUUUGAAUUGUUUUAUAAAAAAACUUGUGUAACGUAGCUGACAAAGGAAUUAAUGGCUCGUGAAUAAUUUGAAUUAUAUUGAAAUAAAGUGUCAUUAUAACAUAAGUAUCAACAAUGUUUUAUUAAAUCUGACA